AUGGUGCCAACUCCGCCACCUCCGACGGCGGCGCUUCGCCGGAAUAUACCACACGCGAUAAUGAUCUCACUCCCAUAUCAGGGCCACAUCAACCCCUUCGUCAGCCUCGCCCUCAAGCUGGCCUCCCGAGGCAUCGCCGUCACCUUCGUCCACCUCGACCACAUCCACCGCAGGUUGUCGGAAUCCCACGGCGCCGCCGCCGCCGCCGAUCACGAUAUCUUCGCAGAGGCGCGGCAAUUGUCGCCGGAGCUGAACAUACGGUACACGACGAUCAGCGACGGGUUACCUUUGGAGUACGAUCGUGACCAAAACGGCCACACCUAUUUUAAAUACUUGGUCGAGGAUUUUCCGGAGAUCGUCGAUAAAUUCGUCGGAAAGUUUAUCGCCGACGACGUGGCUGAUUCCGACAGCAGGUUUAUCCAUUUCCUGGUUGCUGAUACAGUGUGUUCAUGGCCGGCAGCCAUUGCCGAAAAGUAUAACCUCGUAAAUGUGUCGUUCUGGACAGAACCAGCUCUGGUUUUCUCUCUGUGUUAUCAUUCGGAUAUUAUGAGACAAAAGGGCCACGUCCCCAACGAUAAUACUACCGAAGUGGAAAUAAACUAUCUUCCGGGAAUCAAGAAAAUCAGUUCGAGGGAUAUAAUAACGAUCCUCAACGAUAGGGAAGGGAUCCUCGUCGACUGUUUGACUAUUGCAUUCAACAACGUUAGGAAAGCAGAUUUCAUCCUCCUCAAUACAGUCGAAGAAUUAGAGCCCGAAACACUCACAGCCCUCUCCAAAUACCAACUCAAUUACGCAAUCGGGCCAAUCAAUUUCUCCAAAGGCCUUCCGACGGCCGCCGUCAGUAAGAGCAUCUGGUCGGAAUCCGACCUCUGCAAUCAUUGGCUGGACUCCAAAUCCCUCGGCUCAGUCCUAUACGUGUCAUUCGGGAGCGUGGUCCAGAUCCCGCAACACGAGCUCGACGAAAUUGCUUACGGCCUCCUUCUCAGCGGCGUCGAUUUUUUAUGGGUUGUUCGUGCCGGAACUGCAAGCGGCGACGGCGAUGUGCUGCCGGAGGGGUACGAGGAGAAGAUUCGGGAUUCGGACAGGGGAUUAAUGGUGCCAUGGUGCAACCAGAUUAGGGUUUUAGAAAGUCCGGCGGUCGGAGGGUUUCUGACGCACUGUGGGUGGAAUUCGACGGUGGAGAGCAUGUGGUGUGGGGUGCCGAUGAUUUGCCGGCCGGUGGCGAACGAUCAGCCGACGAAUAGGAAGCUGGUGGUUGAUGAUUGGGGGGUGGGGGUGAAUCUCUACGACGGCGGGGGAUCGUCGCCGUCGGUUGAUAGGGAGAGAAUUGCGGAUAAGAUUCGGAGAUUUAUGAAUUCGGACAAGGUGAGGGACGCGGCGAGCCGUGUGAAGGAGACUGUGAGGAAUGCGAUGGCGAUCGAGGGUUCGUCGGAGAGGAAUUUUGAAAGACGGUGUGCUUCGAAGGACCCGGAGCGAAAAGAAAAAUAUGGAUUAUCGUAA